AUGUCUAGUCCAUCGAAGAGGAGAAAGCUCAACAGUGGUACGAAGCAGCCGGCGGCUCAGUCAAGGGGACUGGAAUACUUCUUUUCUAAGCAGAAGCAGUCAGAAGCCUUGCCCCCACCGACUGGAGAAGAUGGCGCCUCAAGCAGUGCAUCCACAUUGCUUACAGACGAGGAGCUGGCCCGGAAGCUACAGGCGGAAUGGGAUCAAGAAGCAGCAAAUGAAGCUGCUGCUGCUCGAGGAAGCCAGAAUUCAACACCCAAAACCCAGGGUACGGAAGCCAUAACGGAGACAGGAGACAGUGACUUUACGCCUACUUCUACGAGUCGGCCAGCGCAAUCAAUAGGUGAGACCACUCCUAAGAAGCUGGAAACUAAGAAGACACUGGCUUUGCAGUCUACCGGAAUGGCUGAUGACCUAAUUACGGAAUCUAUUCCUCUGGAUGAAUCGCCGCUCACAUUUGACCCGUCAAAAUAUGUAAAGGAGCUGCAGGAAUACUGGGCGGCAGAAGGAGGAAACGCGUCCUAUGCUCUCUUGACCAGAUGCUUCGUGCUUGUCAGUGGAACAACAAGCCGUAUCAAAAUUGUUGACACCCUUGUAAACUGCCUACGUAUAUUAAUCGAAAGCGACCCUUCUAGCCUCUUGCCUGCUGUCUGGCUUGCUACAAACUCCAUAUCGCCUCCAUACAUCUCCAUGGAGCUUGGUAUAGGUGGCUCUGCUAUUUCAAAGGCCCUCCGCCAAGCUUGUGGCCUGGAUAAUCGGUCUCUCAAAGCUAUUUACGAUAAAUAUGGAGAUCCUGGUGAUGUUGCUUUUGAAGCAAAGAAGAAGCAAAGCUUCACGUUGAGAAAACCGAAGCCUUUAACUAUCAAGGGAGUUUACCAGUCGCUUGUCAAAAUUGCUACCACACAUGGUCAUGGAAGUGGUGAGACAAAACAGCGAAUUGUAGAUCGACUGCUGCAAGAUGCACGGGGAGGUGAAGAAAGCCGGUUUAUUGUUCGAACUGUCUCUCAAUAUCUCCGCAUUGGUGCUGUCAAAACCACUAUGCUGAUUGCAUUAUCUCGAGCAUUCUUGCUAUCUAAAGCUCCAGGUUCCGAAUACGGCACAAAGGAUAUUACAGAGCUGAGCAAAUUGAAGAAGGAAGAAUUGGCAGAAGUUUGGAACAAAGCAGCAGAGAUUGUCAAAGCAAGCUUUGCACGGCAUCCCAAUUACAACGAUCUGAUUCCAGCACUCCUUGAAGUUGGAGUUUGUGAAGAGCUGCUUCUGCGAUGUGGCUUGAAACUCCACAUCCCUCUGCGUCCCAUGCUGGGAAGCAUAACUAGAGACCUUUCAGAGAUGCUCACAAAAUUACAGGGGAGAGAUUUCGCUUGCGAGUUCAAGUAUGACGGGCAGCGCGCACAGGUUCACUGUGAUGAAAAAGGCAAGGUUUCGAUAUUUUCUAGACACCUGGAGCUUAUGACGGAAAAGUAUCCUGAUCUUGUGGAGCUUGUGCCCAAGAUUAGAGGAGAAGGAAUUGGUAGCUUCAUCAUGGAAGGAGAAGUUGUUGCUGUUGAUCGAGAGACUGGAGAACUUAGGAAUUUUCAGACACUGACCAACCGUGCGCGAAAGGAUGUUGCGAUUGGAGAUAUCAAGAUUGAUGUAUGUCUUUUCGCAUUUGAUCUCAUGUAUCUUAACGGACAGUCUCUCCUGGAUCGACCAUUUCGAGAAAGACGAGAGCUUCUUCGGUCGCUCUUCAUUGAGGUACCGCAUCACUUUACAUGGGUCAAAAGUCUGGACGCUACUUCUGGAGACUCGGAAACAGUGCUUGAAUUCUUCAAGUUGGCAUUGGAAAACAAGUGCGAGGGUAUCAUGGUAAAGAUAUUGGAUAACUUACCUGAUCUACCUUAUACGGAAGGGGAACCUGAGGCUGAACAGCCAGUGGAAGAUACAGAAAAGCUAUCAUUACCGAAGAGUAAAACAAAAGGCAAAGGGAAAUCGAAAAACACUGCGAAAGGCGAUUCCGAGGAAAAACAACCAGCCAAUACCCGACGCAAACCGCUCUUAGCAACGUAUGAGCCAGACAAACGACUAGAUUCUUGGCUCAAAGUCAAGAAAGAUUACAAUUCGAAUUUCGACACAUUAGACAUGAUUCCUGUUGCCGGCUGGCAUGGACAGGGCAGAAAGGCGAAAUGGUGGUCUCCUAUUUUAAUGGCUGUCCGUAAUGAAGAAAGCGGGACACUUGAAGUGGUGUGCAAAUGCAUAUCAGGCUUUACAGACACCUUUUAUAAGGCGAAUAAGGAGUUUUAUGACAAUGGAGAAGAAAGCGGCGAGCCGAAGAAUACUAAGUGGCAGAAGCCGAGUUUUAUAGAAUACUAUGGACCGAGUCCGGACGUAUGGUUUGAGCCACAAGAGGUUUGGGAAAUGGCAUUUGCGGACAUUACCCUUAGUCCGGUCUACACUGCAGCAAUCGGGCUAAUAAGUGAUGAGCGAGGUCUCAGCUUGCGAUUUCCACGAUUUCUGAAGAAGAGGGAGGACAAGGGCAUCGACGAAGCCAGUACAAACGAGUUUCUGGCCAACUUGUGGAGGAAGCAGGAAGCAAAGGCAGAAACAUCACCAUCAAAGGUUGAUGUAGCAGAAAUGGGAGAUGUUCAGGAUGGCGAUUUGGACGAAUAG